AUGAAAAGCGACCAGGGCGCGAGCGGCGCGAGCAUGCUGCCGAGCACGAUCGGCUCGCCGCCGCAGCAGAGGUACAACUUCCGUCACAAGAAGUCCGCGUCCGCGCCGGACGAAGCUGGCGCGGUCGGCGAGAAGAACGACUCCGAGCUCGGAUGCGUCCAGCUGCUGUCGCCGCCGCGCGGCGCGGCAAACGUCGAAUCGCGAAAGACGACGCACUCGCACGGAUUGCCGCCGUCGUCGUCGAAGCGCCACGGCGGGUGCUCCACGGUGAAGAGCAAGAGACGGAGGCGGAGCCUGCAGGAGGCGGAGUGCGGCGAUUUCGGGAUUUUGCCCGAGGAGAUCCUCGAGCUCGUCCUCGAGAACUGCGGCGCGCGCGAGCUCGGCGCGCUCGCCUGCGCGUCCAAGUACUUUGGCGCGUCCGGCUCGUCGAGUCGACCGACGCCCGUCGAGCGCGUCGCCAAGCGUCGCGUCGCGGCGCACCCUCGCGCCGACGGCCUCGAGUUCCCGCGACGAGGCGAACAGACCAACUACGCGCGGAUCCUUCACUUCGCGGACGCCGCGGACGUCGCGAUGCGGACCUCCGUUGGGAUCGCGCUCGGGGCGUUCCACACCGCGGUGCUGGGCGUCGCGGGCGCGGUGCCGGGGCCGCCGAAGAAAAAGCCGGUUGUGCGACGCACCGAGGCGAGGGAUUUCGCGCUUCGACGCGGGCUGCACGACGACCCGCCGGCGCCCGACCCGCCGGCGACGUACGCGUGGGGCGCGGUCGCGACGACCGCGCCCGGCGACGCGGGGGGAGAGAUCGACGCCAACGCCGGCGGGCAGAACGUCGGCGACGAGUCCUUCACCGAGGAGGACGCCGAGCCGAUGUUUCCGACGCCGAGCGAGGAGGACCAACGCGACGAACACGGGAUGUCCGUGUUCGCGCCGAUCGUGGAAGGGACCGGGGACAACGGCUGGAUCGCGUCCGUCGCGAGCUCCGGCGCGUCCACGACGGACUUCGUGACCCCAGCGGCGGCGGCGGCCGCGCGCGAGCGCGCGGCGUCGAAGCAACCCAACGGACGCACGCUGUACACCUUCGGCCGCGGGUUCCACGGCCAGCUCGGCCAGGGCGGGUACGACGACGCCGCCUCCCCCGCCGCGGUGUCGCUCAACGGCGUCGGGUUCGCGGACCCGACCGCGAUCGAGGUCAUCUCCGCGGGGGCGUCGCACUGCGCGGCGUUGGACCCGAACGGCGCGUUGCUCACCUGGGGUCUCGCGUCGAGCGGCGAGCUCGGCCACGGCGGCUGGACGCCGAUCGAGGUGGACGUCCCUCGCCAGGUGUCGUCCAUGGCGAACGUGAAGGUGACGCAGAUCGCCGCGGGCGCGAACCACACCAUCGUCGUCUCGCGAGGCGGCGGCCUGUACACGUGCGGCCGAGGACGCCACGGACAGCUCGGGCACGGCGUCUUCCACGACGCCGGCGCGCUGCGCCGGGUCGAGGCGCUCAAGGGGAUGAGCGUCCUCUACGCCGUCGCCGGCGGGUCGCACUCGCUGUGCCUCACCGACUGCGGCAGCGUGUGGUCGUGGGGCGCGUGCAAGCACGGCCAGCUCGGCCUGGGCGACGUCGCGUUCGCCACCGCGGCGGGGUGGGACGCGGGCGUGCCGUGGCCGUGCCUCGUGGAGACUUUGAACGACCUGGACGAGCCGAUCGUCGCGAUGGCGGCGGGGGGGCACCACACGAUGUUCGUCACCGCCGGCGGCGCGCUGUGGGCGUGCGGGCGAGGGAGCCACGGCGCGCUCGGCGUCGGCGUGAGAGGGUCGCACGAGCAGUACUACUACUACGAGGAGGACCAGAAGAAGCACAUCCGAGGGCCGCGGGACCACCUCGUGCCGCGGCUGGUGCCGAUUCAUCACAAGCCCAAGCCGUUGACGGGGUGGGGGGACGUCGCGUUCGAGGAGGCGACGAGGGAGGACGGCGGCGUCGCGCAGAGCGUCGGGUUCGGCGACGUCCGCGACGCGAUCGUGCGCAUGAACGCGAAGUGCGGGAACGGGAACGCCGCCUCGAAGGGUGGAAGAAUUGGGGUGCAGAAGAAGAAGAGGAAGAAGGGCGCUUCGGGGAACGGCGCCGCCAAGGCUGUAAUCCUUCUCGGGUCGGCGCGCGCGCGAUGCGGCGGCCCCGCGAGCAUGACGCAGGCGGAGCGCGAGCUCGCGCGCAGCGCGAUCCGCGUCGACUCGGACGGGAAACAAAAGCCGCGCUGGGUGAAGGUUCCGUGCGCGUGCGGGGCGACGUGCCGCGUCGUCCACGCCGCCGCCGGGGGCUCGCACAGCUGCGUUCUCACCGCGUGCGGCGCGGUGAUGACCACGGGGGAAAACGCGUACGGGCAACUCGGGCACGGAGACACGAAGCGUCGCUACGCGUUCACGCGCGUGGAGUCGCUCCGCGGGACGAGGAUGUCAACCGUCGCGACCGGGGAGGAUCACACCGGCGCGGUGGGCGAGAACGGCCGGCUGUACCUGUGGGGCCGCGGCGACUUGGGGCAGCUCGGCACGGGGGACGGGCGGUCGCACUGGAGACCGCGCGCGGUGGAGGGCGUGUGCGUCGCGCCCGCGGUGCCCGCGGAGCGGUUCCUCGGUUUCUCGACCGAGGAGGGGGGCGACGGCGACGGCGACGAAGGAGCCGUGGACGAGAGCGAGAUGGGCGGGCCGAACCAGCACCUGACCGUGGACGAGGGGACCGCGCACGCGGCGAUGAUCGUCGCGGCGGCCAUCCCCGGCGCGCGCACCCCGGACGUUCCACCGUCGUCGCUCCCCGGCGCUCUUCCGCGCUCGAGCGCGAUCGCGGCGAAGCCCGCGCCGCGCGCCGACCCCACCUCGAACGUCGUCUCGAACGCGUGCCACGUCGAGUGCGAUCGCACCACCGUCGCCUUGAACUUCACGACGUCCCCGACCGCCAUCCCGUCCGUCGCCGCGAUCCACGGCACGAUCGCCUCCGCGCUCGGGUUCGAGCUGCGGUACGCGUCGUGCGUCGCGUGA